ACAGCACAAGGUUUCAUGAUUCGUUUGGUACUUACUGUACCACAUUAUAUUCCGCAAACUAUUCUGGCUGCUGAUCACACAGCAGCUAUGUCUGUUAAGAAAUCUGUGUCUCUGAAUGGUGGCAGUGCCAUUACCAACCUUAAGGGCCAGAAACCUUCAAAACGGAGGCGUUUUGAUCGUUAUUUUUCUUCAGUUGAGUUGUCUUUGGAGCCAGGGAAGCAGCUGAAGGACAUGGAUUCCAACAAGUUGAAGGCUGAGAUCAAGAGGUGGGCUAAGGCUGUUGUUGCAUAUGCACGCCAAGUAAGUGGCCGUUUUGGGAAGUCUCGUGGCUAAGCCACAAAUUUAACUUUAUGUAGCAACAAUUUCUUGUCUAAGGGCCUAUAUCACAAACAUGGCUUUUGGAUUUGGUUAAUGAAAGAAAUGUUGGUGGAA